GAUAAUGAUCAAGACUUUUUUAAUUCUGCGAUCCAAGAUAAAUUCAAUUUUCGCGGUUAACGGUGCAGGCUGUCAACCGUGACGACUGAAACAAGUGCCACUAGAUGCUGCGACUCUACAGGUAGUGUCGAUUAUGGAAACCACCAAUUGAAACAACUGUGAACUUAUUCAAUUGUUAACCGUUAAGUUCAAUCGUUGGUGCGUAGUUUGUUGUGUAUAUUUACGAAAAACCGACCUCGUGCUAGAUCAGAGCCAUUCGAUGUGUCACAUUGAAUAUAUGUAUUCAUAGUCAAUGAAUUGAAAUUGUUCCUUCUUUAAAAACUACCGCUCAAUCCAGCAAAUUGAAGACAGAAUACUGUUUUAAGGGAGCUUUUUUCUUUUUCGUACAGUGUUUUCGCCUUUCUCCAAUCCCCCCUCCCCCCUUCUCGUCAUCCAAUUUGUUUUAUCAUCUACACAGUUCGUGGUUAUCUCGCCCACUCCGAGCGGCAAAGGUAUGUUUGGGUCGAAGGGGGGGGAGGGAGUGAGAUUGGAUGGACUUUGACAGCAAUUGCAUAUCGGCACAAGACGUAGACCGGGAGCGGCGUAAGAUUUCGUUACGAUAAAUCAGUAAUUUAUCGCACGUUUCGCGGUCAAUUUUAGCUGGUGAAUUUGUCGCGUACAAACCACUGCUUGUGUUAUUGUUUAACCACCUGCCGACGUCCCGAGACAUUCGAAACUCACGAUUGAAAUAUACGUGGAUACAAUUCGGUUACGCUUCGCAAAGUGUGCUUCGUGUGAGAAGAAAAGAUUAAUAAAUUGAUUAAUCAUGGAGGUGUCUGCUCAACUCAUUACUGACCUCAGAAAUAAAUUUUUCAAGAAACUCGAGGCAGACGGCGCACCAGACCCUGAUGGCUUCCAUCCGGCUGAUAUUGCCAGAAUACGAGAUACGGAUAACUGGCUGAAGAGGUUUUUACAACACAACGAACUGAACGUACAAGAAGCACUGAAUAUGCUUUGGGAUUCGUGCGACUGGAGGAAAAAAUUUGGUUGUAAUGACAUCACUGAAAACAACGUUAGGAGGGAUUAUUUAGAGGAAGGAAUCUUCUUUCCUCACAACAAAGAUAAGGAUGGAAAAACGCUGCUUAUUUUUAAAUCUAAACUACAUUUCAAGGGCACUAAAGACUUUGGAGAAUUACAACGAUGCAUCGUAUACUGGUUCGAAAGAUUGGAAAGACAAGACAAAGGAACCCAAAUAUCUGUGUUCUUUGAUAUGGCGGACACUGGUCUUUCGAAUCUAGACAUGGAGUUCACCAAGUACUUGAUAGGUCUUUUUAAAACCUAUUAUCCGAAUUUUCUCAACUACAUAAUCAUCUAUGAGAUGCCUUGGGUCCUAAACACCGCUUUUAAAAUAAUAAAGUCCUGGCUGCCGGCGAAGGCAAUUCAGAAAAUCAAAUUUGUCAACAAAUCGACUCUGAAGGAAUAUGUGGAUGCAGAUAACGCUCUGUCUGCAUGGGGAGGAAAUGAUGAUUAUUCUUUCACAUUCGUCCCCGAGGAACGAGCAACAACCACGUCAAAUAAUGGCAAACUGGAGAACAAGAAGGUUCACUUUGUCGAUGGAUCGCCAAUGACUGAACAGGGACCUAGCGGAUUUGGGGAUCACGAAAAUGAAGAAUCUUUAUUAUCUAUCGAUUCUGAAGUAAUAACGUUUAAGAAGGAAAAAAAUGAAUACUCUGGAACAAUAACAUUCAAAAACAUUACCUCGGAUAAAUGCAUUUCAUACAAGAUCAAGACAACAUCCCCAGAUAAAUUCAGAGUUCGCCCUAGCAUGGGAGUUUUACAACCUGCGCAAAUUGCUCAGGUGACCGUAAUGUUGCAGCCCGGUUAUGCGUUGCAUGGACUUCCUCGCAACGAUAAAUUUCUAGUCAUGUGUUUACCGAUGAAAGAUUUGAACGCCUCUAUACCAGAUCUUUGGAAGACUUCGGGAAAAAGUGCACAGCAACAUAGAUUGAGAUGCGCAGGUCUGGGUUCAGAAAAUGGAGACACUUCAAAAUCGAAUUUUUUUGCAAACAAUUCGGGUUCGAGUGGUGAUAGAUCUUUGGAUAGACUGUUUUCAAAGGUAUCGCAGUUAGAAGACUGUCAAAAUAAACUCCAUGGGGAUUUAGUAUUCUCAAGAAGAUUACAGUUGAUAUCAAUUGCCCUAACCGUUCUCAUGGCAAUAGCGAUCAUCUACAUUUUGAGAUCGGAUAUUAGAAACGCAGCUGAACAGGUGUGUUAUCACCGAUAACAUGUACAGUAUGUAAAAUUGAAAUGGAACGAAAUAACAAUACCUGAAUCUAACAAAUGAGUAAGCAUUAUUUUCGUGGGUGCUGUUAACACGCUAGGUAUACACGGCCAUACGACAACUUAAUUCAUUUGUUACAUCCAUAGUUUGACAUAGUUCAUCUCUUGAUUAAAAUUGUCAACUUGAAAUUCGUGCCUAAAAGAAACUUAGCGUAGCCAAAUUAUUGUAAUUUUUGCUGAAAGUUUAGUUGAGUGGGCUGAGUUGUCGCAAUGAUCUCUGAGCAAGCCCAAUUCAUCCAAGUUUAGAUUACGAUGUAAAUGUUAUGGUAUCUUAGAUGUGCAACUGUGUCCGACCCAAGGAGUUUGAUUAUUGCCAUUUCUUACAUAACAUUCCGCAGCUACGUGCUAAACUAACUUUCAUUCGUAAAAAUAUGACGUAACACAUGCAUGUCAUACAUACUCGUAAGACGACCAUUCUUACUAUUACUACGUAAAUUUAUUGAAUAUACUGUAAAAAGAAUACGGGAAGAAAAAAAUUUAAAACCGAGCGAGUAUUUGUGUAUGCUAUUCAUAUUAUGAUUUGUCCAAAUUAUUUUAGCUUUUAGCACCAUUAGAAUAAUAUUGAAUUUCAUAUCUAUUUUUCAUUGGGUUUGUUAUCUAUAUUCAUUCUUGGAACUACUUCGUUUUAGAAAUUCAAUAAAAUUUUAUUUAGAAAGUGUUCGACUAUUAUGUUUUUCAUAUUUUGCGCACAACUGAAAUGCAAUUUCGCACUCGUACAUGCGUUAAUUAAAAAUCAACUCAACUUCGUCAAAAAUUUACGAUACGUUUUGUAAUAUGAGAAAUGACUGUAACUUCACUAAAUCAAACUAACUAAGUGAGAGAACCUUUUCAUACAUAUGAUUAACGUAAUAAUAAUACUAAUUAAAAAAAGAAAAAAAAAAACACAUGAAAGAUGUACAACUCAUUAAACGUGCUAUUUAAGCUUGAAAUUUUCAUUACACAUAUUUUUAUAAGCUUUUUUAUAUACUACCUAUGUAACUUGAUGUAUGCUACCAUUGUAUUAAUUCAAAAUGCGUGUUUCUAUACGCUAUUGUCACAUAACUCAUAACAUUGUAGGCAAUUUGAUUUUUGAAAAAGUAUGUGAUUAUAUUUUGGAUAUUUUGUUUUUUGUUUCUGUUUUGUAUAUCUGUCCAUCUAUAUAACAUCACAUAAAGUUACUCAUUUACGAUAUUUUCAGAUUUUUCAAUUUUAUGUCUUCAAAUACCGAGUUACGUUUUACACAUUUACUUUUUAUCAUUUAUGUAAACCUCUCCUUAUACAAUACCUGUACUUAUACCUAAUCAAACGUUAUGACUUCCGUAAUAUGCAGUAACUAUUGAUGAGAUUUGAAUCAUUUUUUCGUUUCUAACUCUCCCGCCUUAGAGCAGUAUGAAAAAAACGAAAUACUCAAUAAUAAGGAAAACUUUUGGAUUGUAAGUGACAAACCGUUUCUAUCAUACUGAUCUACAUCUCUCUCUCUCUCUCUCUUUCUAUCGUGAUACCUACUAAGCUUGUGAAGUUGCUCUGUUUCUUCAUCAUUUUAUUUACAUCUCGUAAUUAUACUGCUAUGAAUAAUUUCAGUACAAAUUAAAUAGAAAAAAUUUUUUAGUAAUAUACGUAAUUGUAUUUUUCAAUUCUGUGUCUAGGCUGCAAUAUAAAUAAUAUACGUAUAAAUAUUAUUAUUUAUGCUGUGUAUCGGAGUAUUAGAAUAAUCUGUAUUAAAUAAUGUUACACCAUGCGACCUAAAAUGUAUCAAAGAAGAAGAAUCGGGAAAAGAUUAAACAGAAAACCGUUGAUAUCAUUUAUUUUAUGUUCGGUCUAGAGUACCACCAAAAUAUAUACAUAUAGAAAAAAAAAAAUAUAUAUCCAAAUGUUACGUAA